GUUCUCCUCGUCGCGCUGCACCACCACUCCAAUGGCCACCUCUCCAGAUAGUCUGCUCAAGGGCGAGCCUUUCGAGGAUGCGCCGCCCGCCCCGUCUCGAAAUGCCUCUGCAUACAACCCCAUCCAUCACUUUGUAUUACCGCCCGGCAACGAGAGACAAUACUCGCAACAAUUCGCAGACAUGUACUUUUUGCGCCUGAUGCAAUUGAAGAAGACGGUCAUGGAGAGAGCCGGCGAGGCCUGGCGUGACUUUGAGUUGGGUGGACAAAAGGCAAGCUUUGUUGACCGUGUGCUGGAUGUGCGGCAAGGCGAGCUCUGCUGGGUAGUGGGCACCGUCUACAUGGAAAUGGCACAGAAGCCAAAUGUGUUGGAUGAUAUUGGGAAAGAUCACUGGAUAGCCGACCCCCCGCAACGCGAUACGUACAUUUCCUCUUCGGGCGGCGACGAGAUGAUGCUCGAGGACGAGUCGGGGCGCCUUCGUGUCACGGGUGAGCCGCUGCAUCGCCACUUCGUCACUGGAUGUAUACUUGCGGCACUGGGGACUGAGGAGGCUGACGGCACAUUCAAGGUCAUUGCAACGCAAUGUGCCGACCUACCGAGACAACCGCCUCGGUGGGAACUUGACGACAUUGCGCUUACAAAGGACAAGAAGAAGACAUCCAAGCGCGAGCCUGCCGGAAAGUUGGCGAUUGUAUCGGGACUGGAGCUCACGGGUGCAGACGACGACGACAUAGCACUGGAUAUGCUUGUGGAAUACUUGACAGGCGAAGCCGCAGACCCAUCGACACAAGAGGAUGCGUCCAAGAUCACCCGCCUUAUGAUAGCAGGAGGCUCGCUGGCCCGCGGCUCCCCAAUUCUAUCGCGAGAAGACUUUGCCGCAAAGAAGAGUGCCGCCAGACACUACGGAUACGACGCCUCUUCGUACAACGCAGCACCAACCACACGCCUCGACGAGUUCCUCACUGAAAUUCUUCCCACCCUACCCAUAACCCUGCUCCCGGGCGCUUCGGACCCUGCAAACGUUGCACUACCCCAACAGCCCCUGCACCCGGCGCUGUUCCCCAAGACCAGGCUCUACGCCGAGCCACCAAUAGAAAGCAACCAAACACUCCACGGCUUCGACGCAGUCACAAACCCCUGGACAGGCGACAUUGACGGAUACCGAGUUCUCGGCACCGGCGGCCAAACCGUCAAGGACCUCCUGAAGUACCUCGAGCGCGUCAAGUCGGUCGACGCCAUGGAAAUGAUGCUACGAUGGCGCUGCGUAGCGCCCACAGCCCCAGACACACUAUGGUGCUAUCCCUUCCAGGACAACGAUCCCCUGAUGCUAACAGAGUGCCCACAUAUGUACAUAGCCGGCUGCCAAAACAAGUUUGAAAAGAAGCUCAUCCAGGGUCCCGCAGGCCAAAAAGUCCUGCUUGUCAGCGUCCCCAAAUUCCGUACCUCGGGCACCCUCGUCCUCGUCGAUAUGGAGUCGUGGGACGUCCAAGUCGUCAAGCUGAAAGCAAGACGCAAUAAGACUGCAAAGCAGGUGCACGACAAUGCAGACACCAAGAUGGAGGAAGAAGAAGACGCAUAA